AUGAAAAUUAUUGAAAAUUACACAUUUGAUUCAUGUGAAAACCUAAUUGAUUUGAGACUACCAGAUAAUUUAGAAGAGAUUCAUUUAAUGUCUUUCUAUUCAUGCAAGAAAUUAAAAAUAAUUUUCCCAGAAACACUUAAAAUUAUAGGAAAGAUGGCAUUUUCUGAAUGUUCAUCUAUCACAGAGCUGUAUUUUCCAAGAUCGCUACAACGAAUUGAGAAAUCAUCAUUUUCUGGCUGUUAUGGAGUGAAAUCAGUUCAAAUCACAUCAAAUCUUGUAAUUGAUGACGAUUCAUUUAUCACAUUCAAAAAUUUAACAGAAAUAAGAUACAAUUCAUCAGAUAUUUCUGAAAUAUAUGUUUCAUAUUAUUUAUAUCAAAUUACUUUGAAUAUUGUAAAUGUCAGUGAUAAAAUAACAAUAUAUCCUAUAACAUCUGGAAUGGAGUAUACUAAAAUCAACUUUAUGAACAUUUCAUGCGAAAUCAAAGAAAUUAAUUCCGGAAAUUCCGAAUUUUUAAGGCUUAAUGAAUUCACUUAUUUAGGAUCGAAUGAAAUAUCAGGCAAUAUGUCAAAUCCAGACAAUAUUCAUUGUGUCAAUAUAAACGAAGAAUACGAAGGCAAUUUAUUUGGAAAGAAAAUAUCAAAAUACAAACAAUGUGGAAAAGAUAACUCCUCAAAAGGAAAAACAACAAUUAUUUUGAUUUCUUGUAUAUCUGUAGUAGUAGUUUUAAUUGUUAUUGUUUCUUUUUUCGUGUUAUAUAAUAAAAAGAAUAGACAAAAUGGUUUCAGUAACAUUGAAGCUGAAAAUAAAGUUUGA